AAUGACACUUUAUUUAGUUCCGUUUCAACACGAUAGGCAAACUUAAAACAAUCUUUACUAUUCGAUAUAAGAAUAAAGACGACGCUGGUUUCCUCUUUCUUUCUACAUUUUUUUACAAUAACAUUUAUUUAAGUAAUAUUGAUAUUUAAAACAUCAAUAUUAAAUUAAAAAAAAAAAACUACAAAGAACCCCAAAACAGCGAAUCUCAACAAACAAAAUACAAAUCCGAUAAAAAAAUUUGAGAUAUUUAAAACCGCUCCUUGGAUAAAAACUAAUUCGUAAAUUUUAGAACAGAAGGAUACAUAUAAAUAUCGUUUUUUUGAGAACGAAGGUGAAAUGGAAGAAUGUGAGAAUAUCACUACGUCAUGCUGUAAUCCAAAAUCAUCUACUAAUGCACCUAACUUCAAUGUUGCUGUUGGUGUUUUGACUACAUUGCUAUGUUUUGCAAUAAUUGCAAUUGUUGUAUUGGUAAUAUAUAUUAAAAGAAAAUUCACGAAAGUAAAGUUACAGGAAACUAAAGAGUCACCUGUGUCUCACAAUCGGAGAAACCAGGUGUCUUUACCUGAGCGUCAACCCCGGGUUACAAGUCCUCCACCCAUUACCAAAAGCGAGGAAGUCAAUGAAGAUUAUCCCAAAAAUGAAUAUGAUAUUCUACCGAAAAGACAUAAACCAUCGACGCCGCCAAGUGUGAGGCAGCAUAAACCACCGACGCCACCUAGUGUGAGGCAGCAUAAACCACCGACGCCACCAGGUGUGAGGCAUCAUAAACCACCAACGCCGCCAAAUGUGAGGAAACAAACUCAAGAAAAUGAUGAUGAAUAUCUGGUUAUGGAUUCAAAUGUAAACAAUGGUAAUGGAGAUGUCUAUGAAAACUACGGAAUAACAAGCGAUGAUGUCUAUGGAAAUGUUGAAGAGGACGAUAUUUAUAUAAACAACUGAAACCAAAUUGCUCCAUACCUUUGCACAGGCAAACGUAUGACUCAAUACAUUAAAGUAGCACAUGAACUUUAUAUAAUUGUGCACACAUAUAAAUAUAAAGAUAAAUACACUGAGAUAUUUAACAAUUAAUUUCCUAAAAUCAAGGCUGAGAAUCAUUUCUUAUUGUAGCCGGAUACACAGCACUUGUUGAGAAAUAUGGUGUAGAUACCAAGGGUAUGAGUCAUCAGUUCUGAAUGAAUAAAUAAAUACAUCUGUGAAAUAUAA